AGAGUAGCUGGAAAGAAGAAGAACGAAGAAAAAUAAAGGACAAAACAACCGAACACCAAAAUUCAGAUCUUUCUGCUCUAAAAUCCUUGAUCCAUUUCGAUCGAUCACUUCAAUUGUUCGAUCUGUUGUUUUACGACUCCUAUUAAUUUAAUUAACUGUAUACAUUUGGAUUUUUUAGGUGAAGAAAUUAAGAAAAUAUUUUUGAAGUUUGAAAACCUUGUGGAUCGUGGUGAAAGGCCAGGAUCUGAGGGGUUUUCUUCAAGUAUUGAUGGAUCGUUGGAGGAGUAACUUCUUCAGAUGACAACUUCGCACGUUUCAGUCAUCUCGGAAAACAAUGAAAUGGGUUACAUUGCUUAAGGACUUCAAAGAGAAGGUCGGGCUAUCUCAACAUUCUUCCACAUCUUCGUCUCCAUCCGCUGUCGCCGGUAGAGAAGCUGUAUCGUUGGCGAAACAUGAUCUCGCUGCAUCGUCGUCGUCCUCUUCCUCCUUGUCCUCUCAUUCAAGAAAUAAACAUGAACUGGAGUUGGAUUUCAGGAGAUUUUGGGAGGAAUUCCGAUUGUCCAGCUCCGAAAAGGAGAAAGAAGCGGCCUUGAACAUGGCUGUAGAUGUUUUUUGUAGACUAGUGAAGCAGUACACAAACAUAUCUCAGUUAGUUAGCAUGUUAGUUGAAGCGCACAUUUUCUCUUUUGUUGUGGGAAGAGCAUUUGUAACAGAUAUUGAGAAGUUGAAAAUCAGUAGCAAAACAAGAUCAUUAGACGCUCUAAAAGUCUUGAGGUUCUUUUCAAAAGUCACAAAGGGUGACAUUUGUCCUGGUUCAAAUUUAUUGCAUGCAGUUGAAGUCCUUGUAUCUGAGCCGGUUGACAAACAAUCUCUCAUUGAUUCUGGGAUUUUGUGCUGUCUUAUUCAUAUUCUCAAUGCUCUUCUUAGUCCCAAUGAGGUCAGCCUAAGGAAAACACCAGCCAACUCAGAAGAAUCAGGUCUGGUUGAAAAAGGCCAUGAUGGGGAGGAUGUUGAACAAGUUCGUCGGCUUGAGAUAGAGGGAAGUGUUGUGCAUAUUAUGAAAGCAUUGGGCAACCAUCCUUCAGCUGCACAGAGUUUGAUUGAGGAUGAUUCACUUCAAUUACUGUUUCAGAUGGUUACUAAUGGCUCUUUGACUGUUUUUUCUCGAUUUAAAGAGGGGCUUGUACCCUUGCACACCAUUCAGCUUCAUCGACAUGCCAUGCAGAUAUUAGGUCUUCUUUUGGUCAAUGACAAUGGAAGCACUGCAAAGUACAUGCACAAACAUCAUCUGAUAAAUGUUCUUUUAAUGGCUGUCAAGGAUUUUGACCCUGAAAGUGGUGACUCUGCUUAUACCAUGGGGAUUGUAGACUUGUUGCUUGAAUGUGUCGAACUGUCAUUCAGACCUGAGGCUGGUGGUAUCAGGCUCAGAGAGGAUAUUCAUAAUGCUCAUGGCUACCAGAUUCUUGUUCAGUUUGCUUUAAGUCUUUCAAACUUGCAUAAAAAUCAGGAAACUGUAUCUAAUUAUUCCAAGUUUUCUUCCGAGGAAAAUUCUGCUUCAGAUGGUAAUAUAUCUUACAGUGUAGGAACUCAAGAUUCAAAAAACAAAUCUAGGGAUCCUUCAUCUCUACAAAUUUCUCCAUCACUUUCCAGGUUGCUUGAUGUUCUUGUUAAUUUAGCACAAACUGGUCCGACUGAACCAACUGGAUCAGUUGGAGGAAAAGGCUCUAAAUAUUCCCAUAGCAAGGCAGGUGGCCAUGGAAGAAAUACAUUAUCUUCUGAUGGGAAUGGUGAAGAAACUUGGGAAAAGGGCAAUGCAAAAGUAAAAGAUCUCGAAGCAAUUCAAAUGUUGCAGGAUAUUUUCCUCAAAUCAGAUAAUGUAGCACUGCAAGCAGAGGUUUUGAAUAGAAUGUUUAAAAUAUUUUCUAGUCACCUUGAGAACUACAAGUUGUGCCAGCAGUUACGUACAGUGCCUCUUUUCAUCCUAAACAUGGCAAGCUUUCCUUCAUCAUUGCAAGAGAUAAUUUUGAAAAUUCUAGAAUAUGCUGUAACUGUUGUGAAUUGUGUUCCUGAACAAGAACUGCUUUCACUUUGCUGCUUAUUGCAGCAGCCAACAUCAUCUGAAUUAAAGCACACAAUUCUUUCUUUCUUUGUGAAACUUUUGUCAUUUGAUCAACAAUACAAGAAAAUUCUGCGAGAAGUUGGUGUUUUGGAAGUUCUUAUAGACGGCUUGAAGCAAUACAAUUUUUUUUCUGGCUCAGAUCAGAAUAAUGGAAGCCCUAAUAAACUGGAGAAUUCAAGCAACUUCAAGAAGCACAUGGACAAUAAGGAUACUAUCAUUUCCUCUCCCAAACUAAUUGAAUCCAGAUCAGGGAAGAUCCCCCUUUUUGAAACUGUGGAUACGAUAGCUGUUGCUUGGGAUUGUAUGGUCUCAUUAUUGAAGAACUCUGAAGCCAAUCAAUCAUCAUUCCGAUCAUCUAAUGGUGUGAACAUUGUUCUCCCAUUUUUAAUUUCUGAUAUUCACCGUCCAGGGGUUCUUCGGAUACUAUCCUGUUUGAUUACUGAAGAUGUUAAGCAGGCUCAUCCAGAAGAAUUGGGUUUGCUGGUUGAAGUAUUAAAAAGUGGAAUGGUGACAACUGUUUCUGGAUCCCAGUUUAAGCUUCAAAAUAAUGCAAGAUGUGAUACUUUGGGAGCGUUAUGGCGCAUUUUAGGAGUAAACAAUUCUGCUCAGAGGGUCUUUGGUGAAGCCAUUGGAUUUUCUCUUCUACUAACAAUACUCCAUAGUUUCCAGAGUGAAGGUGAACAGAUGGAUGGCCAAUCAUCUUUACUUGUUCACAUGAAGGUGUUUACAUUUCUAUUGCGGGCUGUGACAGCUGGAGUGUGUGGCAAUGCCAUCAACAGGACAAGGCUACAUACAGUUAUAUCGUCUCCAACCUUAAUUGAUCUUCUGUCUGAAUCUGGUUUGCUCUGUGUGGAUUAUGAAAACCAGAUCAUCCAGUUGCUGCUGGAACUUGCUCUAGAGAUUGUGCUUCCACCAUUCUCUGGCUUAAUGCCAGAGGUUGCUCCAUCAUCUGAUAUGAUUGAAUCUGGGUCAGCUAGUUUUCUUUUUAGUGCUUCACCUUGUUUUCUUAAUCCUCAGAGGGAACGAGUCUAUAAUGCUGGUGCCAUAGGAGUGCUGAUUAGGUCUUUGUUACUGUUUACCCCAAAGGCACAGCUAGAAGUUCUAAGCUUCAUCGAGAAGCUUGCUCAUGCUGGGCCAUUUAAUCAGGAAACUCUAACUUCUGUGGGUUGUGUGGGACUUCUUCUGGAGACAGUGAGACCAUUUCUUAUGGGGUCAUCCCCAUUGCUUACCCAUGCUUUGCAGAUUGUGGGAGUUCUUGGGGCAUACAGGUUGUCUUCAUCAGAGCUCCGAGUACUUGUUAGAUAUAUUCUGCAAAUGAGGCUGAUAAAUUCGGGUAAUAUUCUUGUUGAAAUGAUGGAGAAGUUAGUUCAAAUGGAAGAUAUGGCCUCUGAAAAUGUUUCUCUAGCACCAUUUUUAGAGAUGAACAUGAGCAAGAUUGGACAUGCUUCUGUUCAAGUAUCUUUGGGAGAAAGAACAUGGCCUCCUGCUGCUGGUUAUUCAUUUGUCUGUUGGUUUCAGUAUCGAAAUUUCUUCAAAUUACAGACAAAGGAUCCAGAAAAUCCUUUGCCAACUGGUUCUUCUAAAAAGCAAAGUACCUCUAAUGGGCAGCAACUGGGAUGCCAUAUUCUCCGGAUCUUUUCUGUUGGUGCAGUGGAUGAUAGCAACACAUUCUAUGCAGAAUUUUAUCUUCAGGAUGAUGGUGUUUUAACUCUUGCUACCAGCAGCUCCUGUUCCUUGUCUUUUUCUGGAUUGGAAUUGGAGGAAGGCAGGUGGCAUCACCUUGCUGUUGUCCAUAGUAAACCCAAAGCUUUAGCUGGACUUUUCCAAGCUAGUGUAGCAUAUGUGUAUAUCAAUGGAAAACUGAGACAUGCAGGAAAAUUAGGGUAUUCACCAUCCCCAUCUGGGAAAUCAUUGCAGGUAACAAUUGGGACACCAGUUACUUGUGCAAAAGUUAGUGAAUUGUCAUGGAGACUCCGCUGCUGUUAUCUUUUUGAUGAGGUUCUGACAUCAGGUAGUAUUUGCUUAAUGUAUGUUCUUGGUAGAGGAUAUAGAGGACUCUUCCAAGAUACAGAUCUUUUACAAUUUGUUCCUAACCAUGCUUGUGGUGGGGGUAGCAUGGCUAUCUUGGAUUCAUUGGAUGCUGAGUUACCUAUGACAUCAAACAUUCAAAAACUUGACAAUGGUGCUAAACAAGGGAACCCUAAGUCUGAUGGUAGUGGGAUUGUUUGGGACUUAGAGAGACUUGGAAACCUUUCAUUACAGCUUUCUGGAAAGAAGCUUAUAUUUGCAUUCGAUGGAACAUCCUCAGAAGCUUUUCGAGCCACCGGGACUCUUUCUAUUCUCAAUUUAGUUGAUCCAUUGUCAGCUGCUGCUUCUCCUAUUGGGGGUAUACCACGCUUUGGUCGUCUUCAUGGGGAUAUUUACAUAUGUAGGCAAUGCGUGAUUGGUGAUAGCAUCCGCACAGUUGGGGGGAUGGCUGUUGUCCUGGCUCUUGUUGAAGCUGCUGAAACCAGGGACAUGUUACACAUGUCCCUGAAACUACUUGACUGUGCACUUCGUCAGAAUCCUCAGAAUGUGAGAGACAUGCAAGCCUACAGAGGAUAUCACUUACUUGCUCUCUUUCUACGCCGUAGGUUGUCAUUGUUUGACAUGCAGUGUCUUGAGAUCUUUUUUCAGAUUGCUGCUUGUGAGGCUUCAUUCUCUGAACCACAGAAGUUGCAAGGCAAUCAACCUGUUGCCUCUCCUAUUGGAGCUAAUCAGGAUGUUGUCUAUGAUGACCUUACUUUGUUAAAGUUUUCUGAUGAAAUUUCCUCAUUUGGAUCUCAUGUAGAUUUGGAUGAUUUUUCUGGGCAGAAAGAUUAUUCAUUUAGCCACAUUUCAGAGCUUGAAAAUGCUGAUAUGCCUACAGAAACAUCAAACUGUAUUGUUCUGUCAAAUACAGAUAUGGUUGAGCAUGUCUUAUUGGAUUGGACUUUGUGGGUGAUGGCCUCAAUUCCAAUUCAAAUUGCCCUAAUUGGAUUUUUUGAACAUUUGGUAUCCAUGCAUUGGUACAGAAAUCAUAAUCUUACAGUCUUGCGCCGAAUCAACCUUGUCCAACAUUUACUAGUAACUUUGCAAAGGGGCGAUGUGGAAGUUCCUGUUUUGGAAAAAUUGGUUGUAUUGCUUGGAGUCAUUUUAGAGGAUGGCUUUUUAGCCUCUGAACUGGAAUAUGUUGUGAAGUUUGUGAUUAUGACAUUUGAUCCCCCUGAACUAAGACCACAACAACAAAUUGUUCGAGAGCCAAUGGGGAAGCAUGUUAUUGUACGGAAUAUGUUACUGGAGAUGCUUAUUGAUUUACAAGUGACUAUAAAUUCUGAAGAUUUGGCUGAGCAGUGGCAUAAGAUUGUUUCCUCCAAGUUGAUCUUUUAUUUUCUUGAUGAAGCUGUUCAUCCAACCAGUAUGAGAUGGAUCAUGACUCUUCUUGGUGUUUGUCUUGCUUCUCCUACAUUUUCACUUAAGUAUCGUAGCAAUACAGGUUAUAAUGGAUUGGCACAUGUGCUUCCAAGCUUCUAUGAUUCCCCAGAAAUAUACUACAUCCUCUUUUGUCUAAUAUUUGGGAGGCCUGUUUAUCCAAGAUUACCAGAAGUCCGGAUGUUAGAUUUCCAUGCCCUUAUGCCAAAUGAUGGAAGUUCUGUAGAACUUAAGUUUGUGGAGCUGUUGGAAUCUGUGAUUUCUAUGGCAAAAUCUACAUUUGAUAGGUUAAGCAUGCAUGCAAUGCUUGCCCACCAAACAGGUAAUAUUUCACAGGUCAGUGCUAGCCUUGUGGCUGAACUUGUAGAGGGAACAACAGACAUGUCAGGAGAUCUUCAAGGUGAAGCUCUGAUGCAUAAGACAUAUGCGGCACGUCUAAUGGGUGGAGAGGUAGCAGCUCCUGCAGCAGCGACUUCAAUCUUAAGAUUCAUGGUUGAUCUGGCAAAAAUGUGCCCCCCUUUUUCUUCUGUAUGUAGAAGAGCAGAAUUUCUUGAAGGUUGCACAGAUCUGUACUUUUCUUGUGUAAGGGCUGCUUGUGCAGUGAAGAUGGCAAAAGACCUCUCAGUAGGAACAGAGGAGAAAAACUUGAAUGGUUCUGAUGAAACCCACAGUUCUCGGAAUACAAUCUCCAGCUUGCCUCAUGAACAGGAACAAUCGGCCAAAACAUCCAUAAGUGUUGGUAAUUUUCCUCAGGGACAGCAAUCCAGAGGUUCUGAAGAUGUGCCUGGGCCUCAAAGUUAUUUGGUCAGUGAUAAGGUAGAUGAAAAGGAAGCUUUACCUCACGAGGAAUCAAGCAAACCCCUUCUGGAAGAAGAUGGUGAGGCUGUGCAGAAUUUUGAUGUUGAAAGUCUUGAUCAGAUAUCUUUAGUCACUUCAGGCAAUAAGGAGUUUAAUUUCCCCAAUAUUAAUGGGAUGUCUGGUUCUGUUCAUCCAACAUAUUCACUUUCUGUCCCUGAUUCUCCCACUUUAUCUGAGAAGUCUAAUCCUAGAGUUUCAUUCUUGCCCUCUUCAUCACCAUCCACAGUGGUUGCUCUGACAUCUUGGCUUGGAAGCACUAGCAAUAGUGAAGUAAAAGCUCAACCAGUUGCUACUCCAUCCAUUGUGUCUUCUAUGCCCAUCAAUGAAUUUGAUGCAUCUCAAGAUUUAAAGUCAAGCUCUCAAUUGUCAUCUGCUGCCUACACUGUUUUAGCUGUUAAUCCAAGGCUUUUACUUGAAAUGGAUGAAUCUGGUUAUGGUGGUGGACCAUGUUCUGCUGGAGCUACUGCCAUUUUAGAUUUCAUGGCUGAAGUUCUUGCUGAUAUUGUGUUGGAGCAAAUAAAAGCAACACAAUUCAUUGAGAGCAUUUUGGAAACUGUUCCUUUGUAUGUGGAUGCAGAGUCUAUGUUGGUUUUCCAGGGUCUAUGCUUAAGUAGACUGGUGAACUUUCUCGAAAGGCGCCUUUUGCGUGAUGACGAGGAAAAUGAGAAAAAACUAGAUAGAAGUCGGUGGACCGCAAAUUUGGAUACAUUAUGCUGGAUGAUUGUAGAUCGUGUAUACAUGGGUGCAUUUCCUCAUCCACGUGGUGUACUAGCAAUUCUGGAAUUCUUAUUAUCCAUGUUACAACUAGCCAACAGGGAUGGUCGAAUUGAAGAGGCAGCUCCAGGAAAAGUUCUUCUAUCCAUCACAAGAACAAGCAGACAACUUGACACAUACAUCCAUGCACUUCUGAAAAAUACAAAUCGUAUGAUAAUGUACUGUUUCCUGCCAUCUUUCUUAAUGAUCAUCAAGGAAGAUGACCUUCUUUCAUCUCUAGGCUUGCAUCUUAAACCUAAGAAAAGUCUAGCUUCAUUUUCUUCACAAGAGGAGUCAAGGGUUGACAUCUGUACAGUCUUACAGUUAUUAGUUGCUCAUAAGAGAAUAGUGUUCUGCCCUAGCAAUCUUGAUACAGAUCUAAAUUGUUGUCUUUGUAUAUAUUUAAUCUCUCUUCUCUGUGACCAUAGACGCAGUGCACAGAACAUGGCAAUAGAUAUUUUUAAAUAUAUGCUGGUGCAUCGUCGGGCUGCAUUAGAGGAUUUACUUGUAUCUAGAUCAAACCAAGGGCAGAAUUUUGAUGUUCUUCGUGGUGGUUUUGACAAACUAUUGACUGGAACUUCCUCCAUGUUCUUUGAAUGGCUCUAUAGUUCUGAGCAAGUGAUCACUAAGGUUCUGGAGCAAUGUGCGGCUAUUAUGUGGGGGCAGUAUAUUGUUGGAUCAGCAAAGUUUCCUGGGGUAAGAAUAAAAGGCAUGGAGGAUCAUCGUAAGAGAGAAAUGGCAAGAAGAUCAAAGGAUGCAUCAAAGUUAGAUAUAAAACGCUGGGAGCAAAUAAAUGAGCGGCGUGAGUCUCUUGAAUCGGUUCGCGAUGCAAUGUCAACUGAAUUGAGAGUUGUUCGCCAAGACAAAUAUGGCUGGAUUCUCCAUGCUGAGAGUGAAUGGAAAACUCAUCUCCAACAACUAGUGCAUGAGAGAGGAAUAUUUCCAAUGCAUACCUCAACUGAAGAACCUGAAUGGCAGCUUUGUCCCAUUGAAGGGCCUUACCGGAUGCGCAAAAAGCUUGAACGUUGCAAAUUAAAACUUGAUAUAAUUCAGAAUGUUCUUGCUGCACAGUUUGAAUUGGGAGAAGUGGAGCUAUCUCAGGGGAAGACUGAGAAUGGUCUAGAUGAAACUGAUUCUGCCUCAUUUUUUCACCACAUAUCCACUGGUGCCAAAGGGAAGCUAUUUGAUGGUGCUGAGUAUGAUCAGUCAUUUUUUAAGGAAACAGAUGGUGUUAAAGAAGGAGAUGUUGCAUAUGGUUUCAUUGGGUUGAAUGAUGACCGAGGUAGCAGUAUAAAUGAAGCUAGUCUUUACUCUGCACUUGAGUUUGGUGUCAAGUCCAGUGUUGUUUCUAUCCCAAUGACUGAAAGCAUUUAUGGAAAAUCUGACCUAGGUUCUCCAAGGCUCUUCUCAUCUGCAAAAGUUGACGAGAUGAAAGUUACAGAUGAUAAGUUGGAUAAAGAAUUGCAUGACAAUGGUGAAUAUCUAAUUAGGCCUUACCUUGAACCUCUUGAAAAGAUAAGGUUCAGAUAUAAUUGUGAGCGUGUUGUAGGUCUUGACAAGCAUGAUGGUAUAUUUCUCAUAGGGGAGCUCUGUCUGUAUGUUAUCGAGAAUUUCUACAUUGAUGACUCUGGGUGCAUAUGUGAAAAGGAAUUUGAAGAUGAGCUCUCUGUGAUAGAUCAGGCUUUGGGUGUAAAGAAGGAUUUUACAGGUGCAGAUUUCCAGUCAAAAUCACCUUCUUCAUGGGGUUCAACUUCUAAGGCAUGGGUUGGGGGAAGGGCAUGGGCAUACAAUGGUGGUGCAUGGGGGAAGGAGAAAGUUUGUACUAGUGGUAAUCUGCCCCAUGCUUGGCGCAUGUGGAAGCUUGAUAGUGUUCAUGAGCUUUUGAAACGAGAUUAUCAAUUGCGUCCUGUUGCUGUGGAGAUAUUCAGCAUGGAUGGUUGUAAUGACCUUCUAGUCUUUCAUAAAAGGGAGAGAGAGGAAGUGUUCAAAAAUUUGGUUUCCUUGAAUCUUCCAAGGAAUAGCAUGUUAGACACAACUAUUUCAGGAACACUGAAACAAGAAGGGAAUGAAGGAAGUCGUCUUUUCAAGAUUAUGGCCAAUUCCUUCUCAAAGAGGUGGCAGAAUGGCGAGAUUAGCAAUUUCCAAUACCUCAUGCAUCUCAACACCCUAGCAGGACGUGGAUAUAGUGAUCUUACUCAGUAUCCAGUGUUCCCAUGGAUUCUUGCAGACUAUGAGAGUAAAACUCUGAACUUGGAUGAUCCCAACACAUUCCGUAAGCUUGACAAGCCAAUGGGAUGCCAAACAACAGAGGGGGAAGAAGAAUUUAAGAAAAGAUAUGAGAGCUGGGAUGACCCAGAUGUUCCGAAGUUUCACUAUGGUUCACAUUAUUCUAGUGCGGGAAUUGUACUAUUUUAUCUUUUACGCCUUCCACCAUUCAGUACAGAGAAUCAGAAGCUGCAAGGAGGCCAAUUUGACCAUGCCGAUCGCCUUUUCAAUAGUGUAAGAGAUACAUGGUCAAGUGCAGCAGGGAAGGGUAAUACAUCAGAUGUGAAAGAGCUCAUUCCAGAAUUCUUUUACAUGCCCGAGUUCCUGGAAAACCGGUUUAAUCUUGAUUUGGGGGAGAAACAAUCAGGAGAGAAGGUUGGUGAUGUUCUGUUGCCACCAUGGGCCAAAAGUAGUGCCAGAGAGUUCAUCAGGAAGCACCGGGAAGCUUUGGAAUCAGAUUAUGUUUCAGAAAAUCUGCAUCAUUGGAUAGAUCUUAUCUUUGGAUAUAAACAGAGGGGAAAGGCGGCUGAAGAAGCUGUGAAUGUUUUCUACCAUUAUACAUACGAAGGCAAUGUGGACAUUGACUCUAUCACAGACCCUAGUAUGAAGGCCUCCAUACUUGCACAGAUUAAUCACUUUGGGCAGACACCAAAGCAGUUAUUCCUGAAACCCCAUGUCAAGCGGCGGUGUGACAAGAAGCUUCCUCCUCAUCCACUUCGAAACUGUAACUAUCUUAUUCCAUAUGAAAUCCGUAAGAGUUCAUCUUCAAUAACUCAGAUCAUCAUGUUUCAUGAUAAGAUCCUUGUAGCUGGGGCAAAUAAGUUGCUUAAACCCCGGACUUUCACCAAAUAUGUUGCCUGGGGUUUCCCAGAUCGUAGCUUGAGAUUCAUUAGUUAUGAUCAAGACAAACUCCUCUCUACACAUGAAAGUCUUCAUGGGGGCAACCAGAUUCAGUGUAUUGGAGUUAGCCAUGAUGGCAAAAUUUUGGUCACUGGUGCUGAUGAUGGGUUGGUUUGUGUCUGGAGAAUCAGUAUCGGUGGGCCCCGUAGUCUGCAACACUUGCAUUUGGAGCGGGCUCUUUGUGCUCACACAGCAAAAAUCACAUGUCUCUAUGUCAGCCAACCUUACAUGUUGAUAGUGAGUGGUUCAGAUGAUUGCACCAUUAUUUUAUGGGACCUUAGCUCCUUGGUUUUCAUAAAGCAGCUACCUGAGUUUCCUGCACCAAUUUCAGCUAUUUAUGUAAAUGAUCUUACAGGAGAGAUUAUGACAGCAGCAGGAGUUUUGUUUUCAGUCUGGAGCAUUAACGGUGACUGCCUUGCGGUGGUCAACGCCUCCCAACUUCCGUCUGAUUUCAUUCUCUCAGUAACUAGUGCAGUAUUCUCUGAUUGGAUGGAUACAAAUUGGUAUGUUACUGGCCAUCAAAGUGGUGCUAUCAAGGUAUGGCACAUGGUGCAUUCCUCUGAUGAGGCUAGCAGCCUGAACAAGAUGGCCACUAAUUGGAUGGGAAGAGUGGGGCUGAGUGGUAAGGUGCCAGAGUACAGGUUGGUCCUUUACAAGGUACUCAAAUCCCAUAAGUAUCCAGUUACUGCUCUUCGUCUUACAAGUGAUCUCAAGCAGUUGUUGAGUGGGGAUUCUGGUGGGCAUCUAUUGUCUUGGACUCUUCAAGAUGAGAACCUCAGAGCUUCAUUUAAUCAGGGGUGAUAUUGAUAUUGAUGAAACACAGUUGAUUAUUCUGGCUUGUCUUAUUCAGGCAAUAUUUGAUACUCUAUCCAUAAACCCUGACCUGGAAAUUAGUCAUUGUCGAGUAAGGAAUUGUAUACAUCCAAGAUUCCAAGGAAAGAGCAAGACACCAGGGCUGGCCUCAAGAACUGAGGGAGCGGGUUGUGAAGAAUGAAAAAGCUUCAAUAAGGUGCACACUUGAAGAAAAUAGACAAGUUUACAGAUGCAGGUGGUGAAAGCAAUGAUUCAUUUGGAUUUUGAAUGAGAUAAGAUGGGGGCACUUUGGUGCAUGUGUUAAUUGGCGACAAUCGUGGUUUUUAUCUGCUGACACAUUGGUCUAUAGGUAUUGAUGAUUUGAUGUAAAUAUGUGGCGACUAACAUGUCUAGUAAAGUUGUAUAGUGGAAGAGUGCUUCUCGGGAGGGCUGAUCUGGCACAAUUAUCUGGCGGGUACAUGUAAGAUGAUGGCUGGUCGAGUGGUUUCAUCUAAAUUCGUUUUGUAUGGUGCGAUUGGUACCUGUAAUACAUUUUUUUGCUGUGUAAUGAGCAAUGGCUUCAUCUCUCACACAGACUCUGCACAAAUGGAACUUGGUCCAGGCCACUGUCCUGCCUUUCUAGUCGUGCUUCAUCUGUCACUGUCAGACUUAAAAAACUGGUCCGUCCGCCAAAUAGUGGGAUGAGCUUUCCUUUUUUUAAGGAAAAACUAGCGAGGGUGGCCCCUGCGAUGUAAAGGGAAAGGCAAGAUUAAUAUGAUUUUUCUUUUAAAU